AUGUCGUCGACUCCCACGGGCAACACUCUGCUCCUGAAGCGACAACUCACAGAACUUCGAAAGAGGCCGGUCGACGGUUUCAGCGCCGGGCUCAAGGACGAGAGCAACUUGUUCGAGUGGGAGAUCAUGAUCAUCGGUCCGAACGACACACUCUAUGAGGGCGGCUUCCUGCGCGCAGAGCUCAACUUUCCACCUGAGUAUCCGCUGCUUCCGCCAAAGAUGAAGUUCAUCACGCCGAUGUGGCAUCCGAACAUUUACGCCGACGGAACCGUCUGCAUCUCGAUUCUUCACGCUCCGGGCAAGGACGAGUACGGCUACGAAGACGCUGGCGAGAGGUGGCUGCCAGUCCACACGGUCGAGUCCAUCCUCCUUUCCGUCAUCAGCCUACUGUCGGCCGACGUGCCCAACACGGAUUCGCCGGCCAACAUCGACGCCGCCAAGCAGGUUCGGGAGGACCUGCCCGGGUACAAGAAGAAGGUCCGACGGCUGGUGCGCCAGUCUGCUGAGGAGGCCUUUGACUGA